UUCACGAUAUCCAUGGCCUCUUCCAAGCCUCGAUGCAAGCAAGCACUGCCAGGCCAUUGGGAAUUCUUUUGUGUGCAAAGAGGAUGACUUGAAGUCUAAUGCCAUAUCGAGGUCUUGCAGAAAGCAAUUGAGAUGUGGUUGAAUUUUGCGCACGAUCUGCGAGGUGAACACGAGAUCACAGGAGGCUGGGAGACGCGUGGAAUGCUCCGGACCAUCAUUGGUGUUUGUAUCCAUUACGCCAUUUGUGUGCAAAAGUGACCAGAUGUGGAGGUCGCUCAUGGCCAUUUCCCAUGUUGCCCUGAACGGUAUAUUUCUUGAAGAAGAGUUUCGCACGUUCACAUCUGACUGGUUGUAUGGCGACACAUCCGUGAUUGUUGGGUGGCCAGGAAUCUCGCGUAUACUUGAUAGUUCUUGUUGGCUGAGUCGUUUUGCUGAUGCCCUUGUUUCUCAGUCAGAAUAAGCCUCGGAGUGCUCGAAGCUGUCUUGUUCCCGGGCCCAAUUUACCACCUCUCAGCAUGGUAAGUACACGAAAAAGGACCUCGGAAAACGUCUUGCUAGCCUGUACAUUGCACAGCAAGUCGGCAAUGCUUUCGGCGGUCUCUUCGCUGCUGCUAUUCUUCAGCUUGCUGGUAACGUUACAUACGGUAUCACAGGCGCAGGAGCAGGGUGGAGAUAGCUCUUCAUGAUCGAGGGUAACGCCAGGUUGGUAUCGGCCUCAUCUUCGCAAUCAUCAUGCCGGAAUUCCCUCAAAGGCUUCGCUGCUGUUCGCUUCGCUCAGCUCACACAUCCUGCUCUGCAAUCUUCGACCUGGCAACACCGAUAUCAUACCGCGCCACAGCAUCCGCACUCGUCAACCUGAUCGGCGGGACGUCGAAAAUCUGGUCGUCGUAUCUUUACUCUGCUCCGCCACACUUCUAUGCAGCUUUCGGGAUUGCGGUUUCACAAUCACUGUGUGCGCCUAGAUUCCGGCCGGGAAAAGGUAAUGAAGCAGGAGGGAGGUGGUACGCAGGAAAGGGUUGACCCGUACAAGAUGUUCUGAAGAGCCUGUAUUCGGUAUCGGUCAACAAUGCAAGCUCUUUAUUCACUUGCCUUGACCCAUCGGGACUAUCGCAAAGAACACAUCUCCAACACUGUGCGGGGUCUUCUCCCUAGCCAUGUGAUCCGCGUAGCGUAUGACCUGUGAGUUUUGCUCAUUGUAUCUUGUUCCGCAUUUUCAUGCAUACAUUAGCACAAGGGUGUGUCGUGGCCUCGGCGAUGAAAGGGCGUUGCUAUGCUGGCGACACAGAUCGCGAUGAGACUGCGGAAGUUGCGAGUAUUG